AUGGCAGAAACAAUCUUGUACGGCACUGCAGUUCAACUUGUUAGGAAACUAGGCUCACCUGCACUUGAUGAGAUUGCCACUAUAUGGGGCUUCAAGGCUCGUCUUCAGAAGCUCAAGAGCACCAUCAACACCAUCAAAGAUGUGCUGCUGGAUGCCGAGGAGAAGCAAGCUCAUAACCACGCUGUUCAUGGUUGGCUUCAGAGGCUCGCCACUGCUGUCUAUGCUGCUGACGACUUGUUUGACGAAUUCGCCACUCUUGCAUCGCGGAAGCAGCUCAUAGGUGGAAGCAAUUUCACUAAGAAGUUACGCACUUUCUUGUCCAGAACUAAUCAGAUCAUAUUUGCCAUCAACAUAUCCCAAAAGGUUAAAACAAUUAGGCAACAGCUGGAUGAUAUAGCCAAAGACAGUACCCAGUUUGCCUUCAUAAUCCGCCCUCAUGAGGAUGACAGGGCACCAAGAACACUUAGAGGGAGAGAUCAGACCUACUCUUUUGUAGAUACAGAAGUUAUUGGCAGGGAUGAUGAUAAGAAAGCCAUCUUAGGCAUGCUGCUUGCUUCCUCUUCUGAUGAUCAUGAUCAUGAUCAUGAACAUCAGCAUGAUGUGCUCCCUGUCAUCUCAAUUGUGGGAAUUGGAGGUUUGGGGAAGACAGCUCUAGCUAGACUUGUAUAUAAUGAUUCUCAAGUUGAGAAGUACUUUGAGUUAAAAUUAUGGGUUUGCGUCUCAGAUGUUUUCGACAUUCAAGUAAUCACAAAAAAGAUCCUCACCUCAAUAACCCUGAAAUUAGGAAAUCAGAAUUUACAGAAAGAACAGAUACAUGGUGAAUUGUGGAACGAAAUCAAUGUUAAUAAUAAUUUAGAGAUGGAAGACUUACAGAGUCAAUUGCGAAACAAAGUCAAUGACAAGAAAUACUUGCUUGUUAUGGAUGAUGUUUGGAAUGAAGAACGUGAGGAAUGGCUGAAGCUGAGGGCUCUAUUGAAGAUGGGCAAAGUGGGAAGUAAGAUCCUAGUAACUACACGAUCUCGGAAGGUGGCAAAAAUAAUGGGCACUGUUCCUCCUUAUGAGUUACGAGGCCUUUCAGAAGCGAACUCGUGGGAGUUAUUUCAAAAGAUGGCGUUUGAGCCUGGACAAGCUCAACAACAACCACACCUGGCGGAGGUUGGGAGGGAAAUUGUUAAGGAGAGUGCAAAUGUUCCAUUAGCCAUAAGAACUUUGGCGAAUCUCCUUUACAAGGAGGAUGAAAACAAAUGGUUGUCAGUCAAAAGUAGAGGCCUUGCGAAAAAUCAUGAAGACAAAAAAGGUGUUACAGAGAUCCUCAUGCUUAGUUAUGAUCACCUUCAGUCACCAUUGAAGAAAUGUUUCACUUAUUGUGCUUUGUUUCCAAAAGACUAUGAGUAUGACAAGGAGAUUUUGAUGGACCUUUGGAUUGCUGAGGGGUUCAUUGUUUCAGUUGAUCAAAGACAUAAAAAGAGAUGA